GGUGUCACAUGAAUUCAGAUCCCACGCGUUUUCCAGAGAAUUCACACACGGACAUGUACAAAUUCGAGCUCACCGGCGAACUUUCCCAACUUUACUGCUGAUGCGUCAUGUCCUCUAACUUUAUCAACAUUUUGCUUUCUCUGUGGAUGAUUUCAUUCUAUAAAUAUACUUUCCCCCCUUUUCAAACUCCUCCACAUACACAUUCUUCCAAUUAUCUGUCUAAAUUCGUCUCUCUGUUUCACUACAGUACUUCAAUAGUUUCCUGUCAAUACAAGUCCUGUAAAUCCUGUAAAUUCUGCAAUUACCUGUGUCUUCUUCUGUUGUUUGAUUUGGUGUGCUAGAUUUUCAGUAAAAUUUCGCAAAUGGGUUGUGUUAGAUUUUCAGUUUCCCCAAAUGGGUUAGCAAGCCCUGGGUCUUUGAAUUUACAGAGCAUGAGGCGCAGAGGCAGGGCAAAUGUCAGGCACAGAUGCAGGCCUGGUUUGAGUGUGAUUAGGGCAGUGCAAGUCUCAGGUGCACAGGCAAUCGGAGGUGAAGGAACGGAUCAGAUGAAGAAAUGGAAUACUCUGUACGAUGUGCUGGGAGUGAGAAAAGAGGCCUCUGUUCAGGACAUUAAAAGGGCUUACAGGAAAUUGGCCCGGCAAUUUCAUCCAGAUACUGCUCAGGGCAAAAGUAAUAGCACAGAAAUGUUUAUGCAGAUUCAUAAUGCCUAUGCUACUCUUUCCAAACCAGAAGAUCGCGCCCAAUAUGAUCGCCAGUUGGGUUUGCAGCAGAUUCGUGCAAGAACAAAUCGGGAGCCGUCUUUUCAUGUUGUGCGUAACUGGGAAACGGAUCAAUGUUGGUGAUCUUUUUCAAGUUCAGUGUACAGAAAAAAGAAGCAAAAAUGAUUUGCCUCUAUGGUCUCAUGAUCUGUAAUUGAGAAAAGGAAAAAAAUUGCCGAUCUGUACAUAAAUUUGUGUGUUUUUUUCUGAUUUUGGGUUUUUUUAAAGAAAUUGAUGUAUAUGGUUUUGUAUAAUUAAAAGAUUCUUUCAUUCUUUGAA